AGGACGAGUGAGCGCAUGUACGCCACACACUGAUCCUUACUAGAUGCCCUCAGGAGUCUUCCUUCUUGACCACUGGGGCCGCCAUUCUCCCACCUGCACCAUUCGACGGGUUCGUCAGCUCAUUGAGACGGUCCAGCACUCGGGCAAUCAAGAAGGGGGCCUGUUGUGUUUGUCAUCGCGACACAGACGCAGAAGGAAUCACACGCACACACGCGUGAGUGACGAACCGGCAGGUGUGGUGAAGGCCAUCCCAUCGACUUACCGUAAGCCCGAGUCCCCUUAGAUCAUGCUCAUUGAAGCGACUGAACGUCCUGACAGACAGACAGACAGACCGACAAAGGCGUUGCACACAGCAAGAUGCAUGUGCUGCUGACCCCUCCCUGCCCUCUUACUUUCCGUCGACACCGAACCGCUCGCAGGCAGCGGCAAGCUCCGGCAGGUCCAUGCCAAGCCGAAGCAUGCUGGCGACCUGACCUGUGCUCCACACCUCCAACCCUGACACGCGCAAGCAGAGAGAGGCACGGGCAUGCCCAUACCCACCUCCCUUCCAUCUACCUGUCCGGGGCGGCAGAUAGAUCUCCUGUCCAAUACUUAUCCUCUCCUGCCCGUCGUUGCCCUCUUUGCCUUGGAAGACCACGGCCUCAGCCCGCAGAGUCGACCCCUUGUCUGCGUGCAGCCCCUCCAGCCGCCCCCUCCCCUCACACACCAACACACCUGCACCACCACGGCCCUCCCUCCUGAGGCCGCUGACAUCCACCUCAGUCGUCACACAGCAACCUGACCCCUCCUCGGUGCUGGCGGCAGUGGCCUGCACCCGUAGUCUGUCGUGGCACCACAGGCUGCCCAGCCUUGCCGUCAGGGCGGCCUUGACGUGAAGAGUGACGGACGAGGGCGUGAUGGACUCCAGAGCCACUCGCCCGUCGAUGACCGCUGGAGGGAGGGGGGGAGGGGGAAGGGCAGGAGCUGAGGACGGGCCGGCCUUAUGCCUCUUGGCGCCAUCAGCCCUUUCUUUCACCGGCCGCUUCUUGGGUAGUGCCGUGUCUGUCGGCUGAUGUUGCUGCUGCUGCUCAUGAGGAGCAAGUGCCGCAGAAGAGGCCUGGUCCUCGCCAACACCACCACCACCAUCACGACCAUCACCAUUACUAUCCGGCUCGUCGCUGCCUGAUGACGCCCCCGAUGACUCGUCUUCGUCUGGGCUGUCUAGAUGGCUGUCAUCCUCCUGGCCUGUGCCGUCCUCAGUGGAGCCAUGAUAGAGCAGAUGGGGCUGCAGAACCGUGUUGACGUGCGGGAUGGCCUCAUCGCUGCCGCCGGCGAUGCAAAACGACGGCACGUUGAGCAGAGAGCGGAGCGGUUCGUCGCACACGGCCACUCGGCCGUUUGCGGGGUCGACCAGUCGUCGAUCCUUGACAUACUGCCACAGUCUCUUGACGACCUCAGGACGGCUCAGCCUCUCCUCACAUCUCAGGAAUGCUCGCAACGGGGCCGAGAGAAGAAUCUGACACACACAAGAAUGCCACUCCCUGCGUUUUCACGUUCAAAAUGGGUCUGCUGCAGGGAGAGCUGCCUGCCUGCCUGCCUGCCUGCCUGUUGAUGCCACUCACUGACCGGCUUCUGUAUCGAGGUGCGCCCCGCCUCGCGUUUUUUGGCACUCACACGUCGCCUUCUUCUCCGCCGCUUCUUCUGAACCAUCGUUGCGCUUCUCCUUUGCUCUGCUCUGCGGCUUUCCUUUCCC